GGGUGGGUGCUACGGGUAGGUAGGCACGCGAGCGUACGGACGGGAACGGGAUGGGAGUAAGGCCAGAAGGCACCGCUUUCUAUUCUACCGACCACGAGAGACGUCAUCAGGUUGGGGUUCGCCGUGUCAGAGAGCGGAGCGAGAGCCCGGUCAUGGGUAGGUGAGGUGCGUGAUUACACGCAAGGGGGUGCGCCGUCAUUUCGCCACGUGGCAAGGGAGCAAUCAAGGGAGCAAUCAACGAAACUCCGGUGAUUGGUUGAACGAGGAGUAAAGUGCUCUUACACCUGGCGGGGAGUGGCGGAAAUUGAUGCUCAUCUGCUGAAGGGGAUUCUGAAGAGCUUUAACACAGGGUUUGUGGAAGGAUGUUAUGGCGGUUAGACUCCAUUUUCUUCACCCAGUUGUAGGGAGAUGGCAAUCCUGGGUGACACAAUUGACGCGGCUGUGGAUAGGUAGUACACAGCUCGUGGGAAAAGUGUAGAGGAAAUUAGCUGUGAGCUUUUUGCAGAAGCAGAGUGUAUAAAGUAGUCAAUUGUGGGGAGAGAGCUGCAUUGCUGAGUCGUUGACCCUUUCUGGAAAUCGCCGCCCCUCUUGCCUCGUCGUCAGAGAAACGAUACCCUUCAGGUACAAACUGUGUAUAUAUAGGGUAGGCUAAACCUGAAGGAGGGAUGGAUUUACCAUCGUCAGGAACCGCGAGUGAUGGAAGUCGAAAUGGGGUGCCGCAGCAAGGGCAGUUCGGAGUGUCGUUUCCCUCUACAAGCUUCAUUCCAGGGUCGCUGUCAGCGGUCUUAGCGCUGUCGGGGCUGGUCCCGAGGUGGCAUUCUGGAGGAGAAGCAGAGGGGCAAGCUAGCACGAGCGACAGAUCGGCCUCGGGGAACGUCGGCGCAGACCGGGUAAGCGAUGGAGUACCCACGGAAGUUUCCAUUCGCAUUAUUGGAAUGGGAGAGCAGGACUCUGCAAGACCAAGCCCCAUUUCAAUAGGAAUCCCAACAUUUCCUGAUCGCGGGCUUUUGCGGUCAGGAGGUGAUGGGGUGGUUGCGGCCACUUCCAGCUCCACACCUUUACUUCCAAUGCGCGGCGGCUCAAGUGGAACAGAGGGUCUUCAGAAUUCAUCGGGCUCUGCGCCAACGAGGCCUAUUAGUCCUGGUGAAAGGGUGGAUGCUGCAGAAGAUGGCGGCACAGGGGCAGUGGGCAGAGACGGAACCUCGUCUGCUCGAUAUGACCUCCAGCAAGCAGCAAAGUGGAUAGAGCAAUCGCUACCUUUCACGAUUCUCUUGCUCUCUGUGUUUAUCAGGGAACAUAUGCAAGGCUUCUUAGUAUUCCUUUGGCUGACUGCUGUGCUUGUGAAGGCGAAUGAUCUGAUCCGAAGACAAACAGCCCUCAAGGGUGACAGAAGAACAUUGUAUCUUGUUGCUCAGAUGUUCUGCUUAUCUAUACACAUUGGGGGUGUCUACUGGUGGUACAAUUCCGAAGAGCUUUGGAAACGGCUUCUCCUCCUCCGGCUCAAGAGAAUUCCAGGAUUCUGGGAGGCUAUCUGGAUUAUCCUAAUCAACGAUACGCUUGUUCGUUUCGGGGCUAUGGUGGUGAAAUGUGCCUUCCUUGCGACCCAGAAGCACAGCCGAGGCCGAUCGUCCCGACGACAGGCGCAGUUUCUGACGUGGGUUGAGUAUACAGUUCUUUUCUACCGAUCUCUGUUGCCUGCUCCUGUUUGGUACCGAUUCUUCCUGAACGAGACUUAUGGGCACCUCUUCUCAUCGCUCAUCACGGGACUAUACCUGACCUGCAAGCUAACCGGCAUAUUCGAUAAGUUGUGCACCUGGCUGUCUGCGAGCCGCGCAGUCUUCCGACGGGAAGUCCAGUAUGGUCAAUAUGCUACGCAGGAAGAGGUUCGCGCCGCGGGCGACAUGUGCGCAAUUUGUCAGGAGAAGAUGCAUUCUCCAAUUUCGUUACGAUGCCAUCAUGUAUUUUGUGAAGACUGUGUUUCGGAAUGGUUUGAACGGGAGCGAACGUGCCCCCUUUGCAGGGCGGUGGUGAAGCAAGCCGGCCUGCGGUCGUUUGGAGAUGGGACGACAAGCCUGUUGGCACAAAUAUUCUAAGAGGCUCAGCAUUUGCCACAGAGGGUAAAGCUGCAUCCGAGCUUAAUCGAUGUGUUCGGCAUUGUUCGCAGUCGUCGUCAAUAUUUGUGCAUCCGAGCGUUGACCGCUGUGGUAGAGAGGGUAAGCGCGAUGGAUGUUCGCGGUCGAGAGCUGGAUCUUAUAUUCCUGGCAUUUCAGGAACCUCCUCCUCUUGAAUGGGUACUCUCUGCAGCAGAGCAUUUGGCGAUGAUUUGCAUCUGACAGUCGGGAGAAAGAGGUUGGGGAAGGGAUGUGCGCGCACUCGGGCGUGCGGAGGAGAUAAGGCGCAACAGCUGAAAGAUGGAUGUAGGCCUCGUCAAUCGGGCUGUGGCUGUACAGGGGGACAUUAUCGUGCUUUCCUCGUCCUGCUACUCAUAGUUUGUAUUGCCGUAAUUCUUCAGUCGGAACAUCUGACCAUGGCUGUGAUCAAGGGUUGGGGUUAGGGUUUAGGGUUAGGGCGGAGGCAGCGGACCCAUUGGCCGUGGAUGUGCGCAUGGUUCUCGUUGUGCGCCCCCCAGUGCGAAAAGACGUCAGCGACUUGAUGGCCUCUUGACCUGCGCGCUCGGAGACCUGGUCACUCACUGGUCAUUGGUUAUGGGAGCUGCUGGUGGGGCAAGAGAUAUGAGAUGAUGUAAUGAAUAUGCAACUAUGAACAUAUAUAUAUAUACAUACAUAUAUAUAUUGUAGAGGGGGGGACUUGGUUUCUGGCCAUUUUUCAAUAUCUGUUUAUGUUUCACAGUUGCUAGGCCUGGGCCUUCUCCACUGUGCUUUGAUUGCGGUCCCUGCUCAAUUCCGUUUGCUGGCUAUGUUCCGAUGAUGGAGAAUUAUGCGUUGCGUUCGUUGCCUUUGUGUUGACAGGACCGAUCAUCAGAUCUUUACACCUUGCCGGCAAUCGCUAUGGUAAUUGAGGGCAUACUCACACUAAACUUUUUCACUCAUCUCUGUUUGUAAUUGCGGUUGGACACUUCCAAGCAGGGCCAUGAUUACGGUCAGAUGCAUGCAAGUAGGGCCGUAAUUACGGUGAGAUAAGAUUGUGCUAGUGUGAGUAUGCUCUGCUUCAUUCAGCAGUGAUUAAUGUCAGUAUUUCAUCUCUCUGGCGUCAGGAGAGAGAUGCUCAUCAGUUUACGUUCUUGCGUGUUCUUUUCUUUCGUGUAGCUUGUGUUUCACCACACUGUUCAAGUUCCCUCCUCCUCCUCGUCCUCCUCCUCCUCCUCCUCCUCCUUCUCCUCCUCCUCCUCCUGCUGCUGCUGUUGCCAAACCCUCCUUCCUGGCAGGAACUGUUGGCUAGUGUCUGCUCACAGCUCGCUCAAAUCUUUAACCGAAGUCGAUCCGUCUGUUGUCUCCGAUUAUGAUCCCUUGAAAGACGGUAGGAUGCCAUGCAUCUGUACUAUAGCUUUGCAUUGGCAACCUUGAUUGGAUGUGUAGGGAUAGGUGGGAGGAGGUGGGAGGAUGUCGUCAUUUAUUACUACCACCAAAAAGUGGAUCCCGGAUUUGGGGUCCAGUGCAACUCUCAUUACCCCAUGCAGCAGACCUCACAGCAUGUGGCGAAGUGACUUGGUGGUGUCUCCCGCUGCAGCCACAGACAAACUCCCAGUCAAUGUAUGUAUGCCAGCUGUCAAUCCAUUAUCUUUUCUUCUGGGCUUCGUUCAUUUCUCGAUUUAUGUGUGUCAUCCUUGCGCAGGGGCAAUGGUAAUCUUCUACGUGCCUUUCCCAUUUUGACGGAUGUCCCGAAGGACUUUUGGCCUUCCGUAUAUUCGUUCGAAUCUUGAAUCUAAGUUUGCCAAAGCGGCUGUGCGGCGAUGUGCACCUAGUUCGUAGUCUGCACUACUUACUAGGCUGCACAAAGAUGCAUCCUCACUGCCCAGGGCAAGGCGGCACUAUGGUUAUGUGAGCAAGCAAUUCCUUCGAAACAAAAGGGGACCGGGACA